AUGCGGGAGCAGCUCCACGAGGGGGGAGAGGAUGACGACGAAGAGGACGAAGAGGCGAGCGACGUGUUUCCUGCGCUCAGCUCUGAGAAGGUGGAAGCCGUCCGGCCUGUGACUGGCGCGCAGCAGAGAGAACUCGAGAAGAAAUUCGACAGAGUGUUUGAGGAAUAUAACGACGAGUUCAUCGGCGAGCUCGACGCCGAGGAAGUCGAGGACGAUCAAGACAAGUUGCUCAUGAGCGAGUUGGAAGACGCGAUGGAAGAGUUCCUUCAGGACCAGGCACGCCGGCGGAAGGUCUGCGUGGAUAGCACGUCACGGAAGUACCGACAGAGACAUCCGGAGGAGAAGAAGCGUGACGACUCCUCAGACGAACAAGAGGCGCACAGACGCGUCGAGUCUGAAGACGACGAGAAGGAAGACUCCAACGAGAUCCGAGAAAUAUUCAAGCCCCUGGACAGCGCCGAAAUUUCGCGGAUUCAAGAGCUUGCCGCUCGCCAGCAAGCGGAAGACGAGGAGGCCGAAAAAGACGGUGGAAAGAAGCGACAGGAAUUCGAUUUCCUCGACCUGAACGACUACGAAAAGCGCGCGGGGGAGCGACGCUGGGAUUGCGAGACGGUUCUGACGACGAAGAGCGUUUCUUCGUUCGUUCCCACCAAGAUCGCGUUGCCCCCUACGCACAUUCUCAAGCACCAAGUCCGCCAACUGAGAGAAGGCAAAGGCGCGAACUUGCAGACGCUCGGCCUCCCUCGCAGAGACGCGCCGAAGCCUGAAAACACUGCAGAGGCCUCGCUAGCCUCAGGCCUUUCUCCUUUGAGAGAGGGAGAUGGGAGCGAAGAAGAAGGCGCGCAAGCAGCAGACGACUUCGUCGACCUGCCACAUGAAGGCUUGAACGAGGCUUGCAUCGUCACGCUGCGGCCAAAGGGCGAGACGCCGGAGGAACGGCGCGAGCGGAAGAAAGCGGUAAAGGAAGCUCAGCGCAUGGUGCGCGUAGUCAAGAAGCAAAACAAACAGCUGCGCAAGGAAGAAGAAAAGAAAAUGGCAGCCCGGAACGCCAAGUCGAAUGCCUACGACGUCAAAGAUGGAGUCCGGCGCGUGCGCCUGUGA